AUGUCAGGCCCAAACCUUCAUAAUGCUCUCCUCCGUCCUCCGAUCAUCCAAAUCCUCCGCGCUCAAGGGUUCCACUCGACGCGCCCUUCGGUGCUCGAGUCGCUCCAGGACCUGACUGGGCGUUACUUGAUGCUCCUCGCUUCAUCUGCAGUCGAACAUGCCGCCAAUGCGCACCCCGACGACCCCGUACCGGCCCUCGAAGACAUCUACCAAGCUCUACAGGACGCCGGAGCUCUACGACCACAAAUGCGCGAAUGGGAAGAAGAAUGGCAUGGCGAAGAAGAUAUGCGUGGACUUGAUGGAUUCCUUGGCUGGAUCACUGGGCCAGCCCACCGUGAAAUUCGACGUAUUGCGGGCUUCGUCCCAAGCGAGGGCGACAUGGUGGAUCCCGAUGCGGUUGAAAAGGAGGACUACCUGACUGCCCUGAAGAAGAAACACAGCAAGACUGGUGAGGAGUCUCGUUACGCUGGCACUGUCCUAGGAAAGCACGCGGAGGAACACCCAGUCGUUAUUGAUGGUGGCGCCCCCAGCAUUCAAGACUGGACCGCGCAAGUCCGCGCGAGGUCCUCUGAGCCAACGGGCAGUGACACAUCGGGGUUUAGUGCUGCCCCAAGUCAUCUCUCAGACGAUCAAGCGAUGGUCGCAUGA